GAGGAGUGCGCAGCAACCGCGCAGUAAGGCUUAGGAGCUGGUGGACGAAUGGGUACAGAGAGAGUUGCGCAGUAGCGACACUGCGUUGCACUUCGGGUUUAAAAACGGGAAGACUGUUUAGUGGUGAAGUGUUUUGUUUUAUUGUAUUUUUAACGUUGAUCUUCGAAGUUACAAAGUUUCAUAAGUGCAAAGAAGAUAAUUUUGGUAAUAAGGUUUUCAUAUAAAUUUGUUUCCCAAUUUUCUGCAUUUUUUAUUUAAUUCCAUCAUGUCCGCGGCAGUAAUGUCUACAUCAACCCUGUACGAGUUUGGAGACAUAGUAUAUAAUCAGAACCACAACAAUAACAACAAUAACAACGCGCACACAAACACAACCAACAACCAGAACAUCAACAACCUACAGCAACAACAGAGAAUGUUGAGAUGGGAUGUAGAAACAAAUCACAGAGCAGUGGGGUCCCCUGUUGUGGGAACUUCCUCCCCAACAGACACUCCUUUCCAGCAUCAGACAAUUAGCAGGCGUAACUCAAACCCAUUGACGUCUGAACGCAUCAAUGUGUCAUCUCUGGUGAACUCGGUAAGCACCCUUAUUCUGGGCAACAUUCGAGAACAGCAACAAGUGCAGCCAGUGAUCCACAGGAAGCUUGACCGUAGCCAGAGCGAACCUGCGCCCUCAGCACUUCUUACUGCGGCCAAUGCCAAGGCUGCCAACAUCAACACAAGCCGCUACAAAACUGAGCUGUGUCGACCGUUCGAAGAGAGUGGUUCGUGCAAGUAUGGUGACAAAUGUCAGUUCGCUCAUGGCGCACACGAAUUGAGAAACCUAGUUCGUCAUCCCAAGUACAAAACAGAAUUAUGUCGCACCUUCCACACUAUUGGAUUUUGUCCAUAUGGACCCCGAUGCCAUUUCAUCCAUAAUGCAGAUGAAGCCCGCACAAAGGUGGCUGGGAGCCAAGCAGUGGCAGCCCCAAGUACCACUGUUACUACUACUACAUCUGCUGGCAUCCCAAACAGGCCUAAGCCCUUGAAUCUGGCUGGAAGCCCCUUUAUGGUCACAGGCUCGACUGCAGAUUCUCCAUCUCCUACCUCAAGCCUCAGUCAGUCCCCUACAACCUCAGUUGGGUCAUUCUUUUCAUCUGAACAAGACGUUUUCUCUACCGUUACUGUCAUGUCUGCGGCAUCUCCACCUCCGACAUCCACUUCUGCUAACACAGCCUUCUCCUUCGGACAAGAUUUCACUCCAUUGGUUCAUCUUGGCGGUACUAAGCAGCAAAGCUCCCCUCCUGCAUCCCCCCCAGUCAGCACAUCCCCAGCAGGGUCCCUAAGCCCACGUGGAUCUCCUCCUCCAGGUACGCCUGAGGCACGAUUGCCUGUCUUCAACAGGCUCAGCAGCACCAUGAUGGAUUUUGGAGGGUUUGCCGAACUUCUGGCUUGAAACUGUAAGAUAGCCUGUCUUGUAUUCCAUGGCUGGCGCUCCCAACAGUUCCGGCAGUUCCCAUGGAACUAUUAAGCGAAUUGCAAUCAACUAUCCGGACACAGUGAAAAUUGUUAACCUCUUAUGUAUAUAACAUAAUUUUCCCUUUAGGUAUUAUUAGUAAUUUUAUAUUGCUUUUUUAGUUCUCUAGCAGGAACAUAUAGACUGGUCGAAAUAUUUAUUAUGCCAUUCCAGACUAUAGAAAGUUACAAAACAUUACUAUUUAAGGCUGUGUGGAUGGAUGGACAGAGAUGCCAAGUCUGUGAGAAUACAGAGAUGGUGGUAUGUGGUGCCUUAUUCAGAUGGCAGCAAACAAGGAUUAGCUAGGCUUUCAUUGGUGGAGUCGUAUUUUUAUUUAAAGAUAUAAAUUAUAUAAUAAUAAAAGCAAUGAUGUGAUUGAAGUUUUUGUUCCCACAGUUUGAAUGAUCUUCAACUUGGCAAUAAUAUAUAUGUAUAUUAUUUUUAUGCGAGAGUAUAAACGCCGACUGAUUGUGAUUAUGAAAAUUUGCGUGUGCAAACAAGUUUUCUUUUUAGUUCUUCCAUCAUUUUAAUAGUUACAUGCCAGUUAAAAAGCCAUUUAUACUAAAGAAUUCAGGAUGUGAUACAUGUGGUCUGUGCUGUUAGGUUUUUAAUACCGAUUGUAGUGUUACUUUGAAACGAAGAGUUUUUUUUGUUUGUUUUAAUUUCAGAUAACAUUGCUCUGGAAAUUGAAAAGAUGAAGUAACAAAAUUAUUUUAUCAGAUGACAAGACAAUUGAAUGUAGGGUGAAACUAUGGGGACAGGGACACCUGGCAUUGACAAAAGUAGUUUAAGUCUUAUUAAUCUCAACACGCAGUCUUCUUCAGGUUCUCUGAUGAUUAGGAUGGAUUGGCUUUCCAGAACUAGGUAGAUGCUGCUCAUCAGUUGAAAAAAACUGCGAGAAUGACACUUCAAAGGAAAUAACAUUGUAGGCUGGUGAAUUUAUACAUUGGGAAGGAUGGUUACAGUCAUCAGGCAUUGGAAAAUAGCUUAAAAUGAACUGCUGUAGAAUUGAGACUGCAUCUACUUCCCACACAGAGACAUAUCCAGAUAUGUUCAUAAUAAUUCAUACCGCCUUUACUCUGGGCGAAAAUUAUAAAAAUGAAACUGUUUCUAGUUGGAAAAGUGAAUUAUAGAAACUGUCAAUGCUUAACCGAACUUCAGUCUGUUUCAUGUUGAGGUGACAUGCUUGUUUUUAUAUACUGUUUUUCUGACUGACAGUUAUGAGAAUGAAACUGCCUGUUCAGAAUAGAAUAUUAGGUGAAGUCCUGAAUGCAAAAAUUAACUUCAUUCAUAUAAAAGAGAAUUAGGGUGUAAUUAUGAUUUAAGAACUUGCACUCUAUAUAAAAAAUACGUUGCUUUCAAAGAUUUUUUUUGCCAUUAUUAUUUGUAAUUAUUAUUCUGUUUGUUUUAUAUUCUAAUAAUUUAUCUGCAAUUUACCUGCAGUGAUUCUCUAACCAGUUUAUUAUUAUAAUAUUUUCCAUUGAAUAAUUUUUAUCUGAAAAGACUUUGAAAUAAAACAGGUGCAGAAUCCAUAUUAACUUAAUUAGAUAUAUAUUAAUUUAUUUAAUUUUAAAAAGUAAGUUAAAUCAGACCACAAGGUUUUCAUUUUGCCUGGUUAGAGCUCAAUCUGUAUAAUAGUCGACUGAUUUCAUUUUUUUUUUUUUUCAUUUUGUGUGCACUACUUUCAAUGUUAUAUUUGUAUUUAUAUAACUUAUUAUUUAUAUCAAGAAAAUGUGUAUUUAUCAGUUUAUUAUUAUAGUAAAUAAAACCCAUUAAAUCAGUUUUAUAUACAUUUUUGUGUGCAAAUAGUGUUGCGUUCUCCAAGAUGCACACAGUGUUUUUAAAUUAUGUUGUUUAUUUAAAAUAUAAAAACAAAUGUAACCAUCUUUUUCAAAAGUUGACGUGGACCAAAAUCCUGUAUUGACAUCAUUAAGUAAAGCUUAUCAAGAGUUGCAAAUCAGUUGGGUACUCCAAGUAUCUCCACCUAUAUCCAUAUUUGCAUUUAGUAUAUGUCUUGUGUAACUGCUUUUAUAUCGAGAGAUGUAUGUGAAGUUUGACUAACUUUUGUUAUGUUUGCUGUAUACUGUAUUCACACUACAUGUUUGUACCCCUCUGCAUUGGAAAACUUGUGUACUCUUUACCAUGGACAAAAAUUUGAAAAGGAUGAAUAUAUAAUUUUCUAGCGUUUUCAGAAAAAAAUAA